CCUAAAGGCACUUAUGAGGAUUACAUAGAAUUCAUCAAGCGACUCCCGUUCAGCCAGCAUCCUGAGGUCUUCGGCUUACAUGAAAAUGUUGACAUAUCGAAGGAUCUGCAGCAAACAAAAAUCAUUUUUGAGUCCUUACUCCUCACUCAGGGGGGGGCCGUCAAGGAGGCUCCUCUGGGUCCAGUGAUAACACCUUAUAUGAGAUAGCCAGUGAUAUACUCAGCAAGCUUCCGAAGGAUUUUGACAUUGAGGCAGCUCUUCAGAAGUUCCCUGUGAGAUAUGAAGAGAGCAUGAACACUGUGCUGGUACAGGAGAUGGAGAGAUUUAAUAAUUUAAUCCGAACUAUCAGGACCACACUUCAAAAUCUACAGAAAGCCAUCAAAGGUCUGGUGUGAUGGAUUCAGAACUGGAGGCUCUGUCUAGCAGUUUAAUUGUAGGGAAAGUUCCUGAAACAUGGGCCAAGCGUUCUUACCCCAGCCUAAAACCUCUGGGAAGUUACAUCAAUGAUUUCCUGGCCCGGCUGAAGUUCUUACAGAACUGGUGUGACUCUGGCAAGCCACAUGUGUUCUGGCUGUCAGGGUUUUUCUUCACACAAGCAUUUUUAACCGGAGCCAUGCAGAAUUAUGCAAGAAAAUACCAAAUUCCCAUUGAUCUUCUAGCAUAUGAGUUUCAGGUUCUACCUAUGGAUACUUCUGACACCUCUCCAGAAGAUGGUGUUUAUAUUAAUGGAUUAUUUUUGGAUGGAGCUCGGUGGGACAAGAAGAGUGGCGUGAUGGCAGAACAACACCCCAAAAUCUUAUUUGACUUGGUGCCGAUAAUCUGGAUAAAACCUAAUAAAAAAUCUGAUAUAAAGAAGACCAAGUCAUAUGUGUGUCCUCUCUACAAAACCAGUGAACGGAAGGGCACCCUGUCCACUACAGGCCACUCCACCAACUUUGUCAUUGCCAUGCUGCUGCCAACAGAUAAACCAGUCCAGCACUGGAUAAAGAGAGGGGGUCGCCCUCCUCUGCCAGCUAGAUGACUAA